AUGAUUAGGGUCGUAUCUCUAAUGGAUAGAAGAGGUCCAACAAAAAUUGAAACAAUACCAGCCCAAAUUAGAUAUGAAAUAAAAGAUAUAUUAGUUGAUUCAAGUGAAAUAAAAUAUGAAUGCGAUAUUUGUAAUUCAGAGUUAAUUAAUGAGAAAAAACCAGAAGCUCUUCAAUGCAAAGAAGGUCAUUUUGCUUGUAAAAGUUGUUGGGAAAAAUGUUUAGUUUUAAGAAAAGAGUGUAUGAUUUGCAGAACUCCAAUUCCAUCAAUUUUAAUGUUAUCAAGAAGUAGAUAUUUAGAAAAUGAAUAUUUUAAUUGGUUAAAUAAUAGAUUAGUUGUUUGUCCAUAUUCCAAAUUAAAUACAUUUGGACUCAAUAUGGGUUUACCAUUAAUCAAUAGUGUUAAAAAAUAA